AUGGGCCGAAUGCUAAAGUUUGAAGGUGUUUUUGGUGUUGAGGCCCAAGGGAGUUCGGGUGGGCUGGCUCUCCUUUGGAAAAAUAAGGAUGAUGGGCGUGUGUUGGGUUAUUCGAACAACCAUAUUGAUUUUCUUGUUGAAUCAUCUGAGAAAGGUGCGUGGAAGCUUACUGGUUUCUAUGGGGAACCUGAGAGGAACAAUAGACACCGAUCAUGGACUCUUCUCCGAACUUUGGCUACCGACUCUACCCUUCCAUGGUGUGUCAUAGGAGACUUGAACAACAUAGUGCGGCAGGAGGAUAAACGGGGCGGAAGGCCAUACCCCCAGAGGUUGAUCGAUGGCUUCCAACAAGCACUAAACGACUGCAAUUUAACAGAUAUGGAAUUAGUGGGUCAUCCAUUCACGUGGGAGAAAGGCAGGGGCUCUCGAAACUGGAUUGAAGUAAGGUUAGAUCGUGCACUCAUCAACGACGCUUGGUCUCGAAUUUUUCAAGGUGCUUCUCUGCUAAAUCUUGAAAUUUCUUCAUCAGAUCACUGUCCACUUUUUUUAGAACCUGAAAUUAAUCAUUGUUUCCCUACUAAUCGCAAAUUUAAGUUCGAAAAUGCUUGGCUCAAAGAACCAAUGUGCUUUGAAAUAGUAAGGGACUGUUGGGAGAGUGAAGGUGAUGAUAAUUUGCCAAAUAAAUUGGCACGGUGUGCAGAUAAAUUGAGUAUAUGGGGGAAGGAGGUGACUGGAAACUUCAAAGCUCGUAUUACUCGCUGCAAGAAUGAGAUCAAAAGGCUAGCAAAUAAAAGAGACACGGCUUCCAUUCAACGGCAUAAAGAAGUAAAGGAGGAGUUGUUUCAUGUUCUUGAUCAGAGAGAAUCAUUUUGGAAGCAGCGCUCUAAACAGCUUUGGUUGAAGGAAGGAGACCAUAAUAGCAGUUAUUUCCAUAAGGCUGCCACAACCAGGAAGAGACAUAACAAGAUAGUGAGUUUGAAGAAUGACAAUGGGGUUCGGGUAGGAUGGGAAAAUGGUCUUGAUCAAGUGAUGAAAGAUUAUUUCUCAACAUUGUUUCAAGCAUCUAAUUCUACUUGCCAAGAAGUAGUGGAUAGUGUUCAUUGUUCGGUCCCUAAUUCUAUUCAUGAGAACUUGCACACGGCCAUCUCUGAAGAAGAGGUUAAAAAGGCGAUCUUUCAGAUGCAUCCAGACAAGAGUCCUGGUCCGGAUGGUAUGACACCUGCCUUUUAUCAGAAGUGUUGGAGUAUUGUGGGGCGUGAUGUGGUGAGAACUGUUCAAAAAUUCUUCAUGACAGGGGAGUUUGAUCAGAGUUGUAGUAAAGCCAAUAUUGUGUUGAUUCCUAAGAAGAAAAAUCCAGAAGAUAUGACUCAACUAAGACCGAUUGCCCUGUGUAAUGUUGUGUACAAAACAAUUACUAAGGUAAUGGUGAACCGUAUGAAGCCUUACAUGGAUACUAUUGUUGCUGAUACUCAAAGUGCCUUUAUCCCGGGACGUCUAAUCUCAGAUAAUAUUCUAAUUUCCUUCGAGGUGCUCCACUAUCUGAAGAGAAAGAGGAAAGGAAAAGAAGGUUUUAUGGCUCUAAAGUUAGACAUGAGUAAAGCCUACGACAGGAUUGAAUGGCCCUUUUUAGAAGCGAUGCUAAGGAAAUUAGGCUUUGAUCAAUGGUGGAUUUCUUUAUUGAUGAAGUGUGUAACUACAGCUGAAUAUAUGGUGGUUCAUGAGAAUAAGGAGAUAGGGCCGAUUAUACCUUCCCGGGGUAUUCGACAAGGGGAUCCAUUAUCCCCUUACUUGUUUAUUCUCUGUGCCGAGGGCCUCUCGGCUUUAUUGAACAAGUAUGAACGGGCUGGCCUUAUCCAUGGGUGUAAGGUGGCGAAUGGAGCGUCGCGUAUCUCUCAUAUGCUCUUUGCAGAUGAUAGCUACCUGUAUUGCAAGGCCACUAUCUUGGAAGCGAACAGAAUAAAAGAUAUCCUCCAAAAGUUUGAAGCAGCUUCUGGCCAAAAGGUGAACUUUGCAAAGUCGUCCAUUUUCUAUAGCACUAAUACUACCCAGUCGGUUCGGGAUAGGAUAAGCAACACCCUACACAUGUCUAUGGCGGAUGAAAACAGCUUAUACUUGGGUCUACCAAGCACUCUAAGUAGGAACAAGUCUGCGGUGUUGGGUUAUCUUAAGGAACGGGUUCGAAAAAGGAUUGAAGGUUGGGAGAUGAAGUUCUUAUCUCGGGCUGGUAAAGAAGUUUUGAUCAAAACCGUGGCUCAGUCUCUUCCAAGCUACGCAAUGAGUGUUUUCUUGUUGCCUCUAGACAUCACGCGAGACAUGGAGAAAGCCAUGAAUAAGUUCUGGUGGCAAGGUGCAAAUAAAGCUAAGAGUGGUAUUCAUUGGUUUUCUUGGGAUAGACUUUGCUCACAUAAAGCUAAAGGUGGAAUGGGAUUCAGGCACCUACGGGAUUUUAACGUUGCUAUGUUGGCCAAACAAGGGUGGAGGCUGCUGUCUCGGCCUAACUCACUUGUAGCUAAAGUCUUCAAAGCUAGGUAUUAUCCUAAUGGUUCUUUCUUCACGGCACAGUUGGGUCCCAAUCCCAGUUAUGUGUGGAGAAGUGUGUUGGAAGCACAAGACCUGGUUAGAAAAGGCACUCGCUGGUGUGUGUUUGAUGGUGAAGAGAUCAAUGUUCUCAAAGAACCUUGGUUGCCAAGUGAAGAUGACCCCUAUGUUCAUUCAAAUCAUCCUAGUUUGGGUGAAGCUAAAGUGAGAAACUUAAUGGUCAUGGAGGGUGGGAGUUGGGAUGUUGAUAUCUUGAAUGAUUUGUUUAUUGAGCGGGAUAAGAAGCUCAUUUUGGAUAUCCCUCUCAACAUAAGCCACGGCAGUGACAAACUCACUUGGAGUUAUGAAUCAUCGGGAAUCUACUCUGUUAAAAGUGGCUACAAUUUGCUUCAGAAAAUUCAUGGUAGAUGGGAUGGUAACGAAGAUGAUCUCACCAAGUUCUGGACCAAGUUUUGGAAGCAAAAAAUUCCCCCAAAAGUGAAGAACCUGGUUUGGAGAGCUGCCCGAGAGUGUCUGCCCACGCUGCAGCAAUUGAAAAUUAAAAGAGUGGAUGUACAAACAUCCUGCCCAGUCUGCCACAGCGAAGAUGAAUCCGUCAUUCACGCACUCAUCACUUGCACAAAGGUGAAGCAGGUGUGGGACAGAGUUGGCAUCGGAACAACCUCUGCUGCAGCCGAACCAGAAAACUUUCUGGACUGGUUUGUCGCCGUUUACCGCCGCCGGCUGCAGAAAACUGCUACUUCCGCCAGCAUUGUAGUGUUAGCAACCGGUUACCUUGAACAAUGGAAGAAUGCUCAAAAUUCUCGAAUCGAGACGUCAUGGUCAGGCCUUAAAGCCGAUGACGGGGCUGAGCAUUGGACUGUCCCAAGUAUUAAUCACAUCAAGGUAAAUGUUGACGCUGCUCUCUUUGAUAGUGGUAACAAGUAUGGAUGCGGUUUAGUGGCAAGAGACCAUCACGGCAUGCUAAUUGAGGGAAAUAUGAAACUUUUUACUGGUUCGGUUUCUCCCGAAGUAGCGGAAUCCAUUGGCAUUCGUGAAGCGUUAAGUUGGAUAAAGAGGCACAAUUGGCAACAUGUUACACUCGAAACAGAUUGUUUAACGGUAGUCCAAGCGAUAAGAAGCGAGGUGAAAAUGAUUUCAAUGUUUGGACAAAUUAUCCAAGAGUGUAAAAAUCUGUUGUUAGAAUUGAAAACUAUUUCUAUGUUAUUUGUUAAACGAUCAGCAAAUAUGGUAGCUCAUAACUGUGCAAGAGCUUCUAUAUUUUUUCCUGGUUGUAUCUUCGAUAUGGAGUCUGUUCCAUUCGACUUGCUACCUUCUUUGGUAGCGGAUUUUAAUGGUUAA